CACCACUUCCCACGGCGGCCGAAGGAAGCGGCCGCUCCCGGCAGCGGCGGCUCAGUGGCGGCGAGAUGGGCAACCUGCCGGCUGUGCUGCCCGGUGCCGCCCGCUCCUGCGGGCUCGGCCUCUGCUCCCGCCAGCUCAGCGCCGCGCCCGAGGACAGCGGCGGCGCGGAGCGGGGCAGCUCGGCACCCACCCUUCCGGCGGAGCCCCCCCGCUUCGCCCGCCUGAAGAACUGGGAGACGGGCACCAUCGGCUACGACACGCUCUGUGCACAGGCCCUGCAGGAGCUGCCGUGCUCGGGCCGGCGCUGUCUGGGCUCGCUGGUGCUGCCACGGCCGCUGCCCGCCCCGAGCCCCGACGGGACUCGCCCGGCUGCUGAGCUGCUGCCGCUGGCCCGGGACUUCGUCACCCAAUACUAUGUGUCCCUGCGGCGGGAGAACUCUGCGGCGCACGUGCAGCGGCUACGGGAGGUGGAAGCCACCAUCGCGGCCACCGGCACGUACCAGCUGCUGGAGCCCGAGCUGGUGUUCGGGGCCAAGCAGGCCUGGCGCAACGCCGCGCGCUGCGUCGGCCGCAUCCAGUGGAACAAGCUGCAGGUAUUUGACGCCCGGGACUGUGCCAACGUGGCGGAGAUGUUCAGCUUCCUCUGCACCCACAUCCAGUACGCCACCAACCGCGGCAACAUUCGAUCUGCCAUCACCAUCUUCCCGCCGCGCGCACCGGGCCGCGGCGAUUUCCGCAUCUGGAACUCGCAGCUGAUCCGCUACGCCGGGUACCGGCAGCCCGACGGCUCCAUCCAGGGCGACCCGGCCAACGUCGACAUCACCGAGCUCUGCAUCCAGCACGGCUGGAGCCCCGGCGGCGGCCGCUUCGACGUGCUGCCGCUGCUGCUGCAGAGCCCUGAGGAGCCCCCCGAGCUCUUCCCCCUCCCGCUGGAGCUGGUCCUCGAGGUGCCCCUCCAGCACCCCACGCUGGAGUGGUUCAGAGAGCUAGGGCUGCGCUGGUACGCGCUGCCAGCCGUGUCCAACAUGCUGCUGGAGAUCGGGGGGCUGGAGUUCCCGGCAGCCCCCUUCAACGGCUGGUACAUGAGCAGCGAGAUCGGCACCAGGAACCUCUGUGACAGCCACCGCUACAACCUGCUGCCGGAGGUGGCUCUGCGCAUGGGGCUGGACACACGGACGAGCUCGUCGCUGUGGAAGGACAAGGCUGCGGUGGAGGUGAACGUGGCAGUGCUGCACAGCUUCCAGGUGGCCAAGGUGACGAUCGUGGAUCACCACGCGGCCACCGAGUCCUUCGUCAAGCACAUGGAGAAUGAGCUGAGGACAAGAGGGGGGUGCCCGGCUGACUGGGUCUGGAUCGUGCCCCCCAUCUCAGGCAGCCUCACCCCCGUUUUCCACCAGGAGAUGGUCAACUACCAGCUCUGCCCCACCUUCCGCUACCAGCCUGAUGCCUGGAAAGUCUACGUCUCCAAAGGCACUACUGUCACCAGGAGAAAGACCUUCAAGGAGGUGGCCAAGUAG